GGAAUGCGGAAUUAAAAGUAGGAACCAAAGCUGGGCAGUAUGUUUCAUCCCGCACAGAGUUCCAGACCGGACUUGCGAGAAAUCGGCGAUCUUUUCGAUAACUUGACGUCAAACUAGCAGUUAGCUGUGUGGCUACCGGCCCGUUGAAGCAGAAAUGCCCAAAAAGAAAACCGGUGCCCGGAAAAAGGCUGAAAGUCGUAAGGAGCGAGAGAAACAGAGUCGAGCCAACCGGGAACAUGUAGAUGUGGCCAAACACCCCUGCAACUUUAACAUGGAUUGUGACAAAUGUCAGAGAAAACAGAAGAACAGAGCCUUCUGCUACUUCUGUAACUCUGUGCAGAAGCUGCCUGUCUGUGCUCAGUGUGGCAAAACCAAGUGCAUGAAGUCAUCAGAUUGCGUCAUCAAACAUCCUGGGAUCCACAGCACUGGGAUGGCCAUGGUGGGGGCAGUAUGUGACUUCUGUGAAGCUUGGGUGUGCCACGGCAGGAAAUGUCUGAGCACUCACGCCUGUGUGUGUCCCCUGACUGAUGCAGACUGCAUCGAGUGUGAUCGCAGUGUGUGGGAUCACGGAGGGCGAAUCUUCCGCUGUUCAUUUUGUCAUAACUUCCUAUGUGAGGAUGAUCAGUUUGAACACCAGGCAAGCUGCCAAGUCCUUCAGGCAGAAACAUACAAAUGUGUUUCUUGUAAUAGA